CUCUUUCCAAAUUUACCAUACCUCAAAGAUUGUGAACUAGGAGCCAGAUUUUUGUCGGCGUAAACUCUUUCUACUCCGUUGCUGCCACUGGGGCUCGCAUCGAACAAUAGAAGCAUCCGAACGGGCGAUCAGAGAACUUACGCUGAGAUUCACGUGAGUGGGAGAAUUCGUGGAAUUUUGGUCGAUUUCUAAUGACGAGGAGAAAGUCUUGAUGGACCAAUUUCCUAAGAGCCCGCUUGAAAGUUUCAUCGUCGAGUGUGAGCUUGAAGGUCCUCGGAAUAUUGACGAAUCCCAGGAACUUUGUCUAUGUUCAUUCAUGCACGCCCGAAACUCUCAGAGGUCGUGUAGUUUCACACGGUUGGCUAGAAGAUGCUGACGUUCUGUCAGAACGACCUUGAUCUCGGAUAACGUAAUAUGGCGGAAAAACAGGGCCGAGUGACUCACUCGGGUCACGGAAGAGCUUCAUAUUUUACAUUAAACUAGUAUAGAGAAGGUCCGAUUCUGCCUAUUCUGAGAAAUCCCUAGCUCGCCAGUCCUCGCCUUUUCUGGCAACCGAGGAUUGCCGAUGGAAGUAUGACCUGUAGUAAUCCCGGGGGAUCUAUCUAUCCUUUGCGCUCAGAUCUACACUUCCGGGCCUAGGACGACACGGUUUCAUAGUCGAGAAGUUCAGCUCUUGGGUGAAUUCCAGUUGUAUAGGGCAUUCGCGUAACGAGGAAGAUUGAUUGAUCGUCACGAAGCACGGGGCGUAUUGAAGAAGUGACAGGUCGCAUGUUGCGUAGGGCAGGACGUGGUGGCCAGGGGGAGUUUGAGUCCAUGGAAGGAAGGUUCUGAGAGUGAUGAGUGGCAGAAGGUAUAUCGUCUGGAUUGGUUGCUGCGCGACAAAACCAGGCUGACUGAUCGCAGUGCUUUAUCCCCGAGUUCUCGGAAGCUGCGAAAGAUGGGUCAGAUGCCCGUGAGCCUUCGGGUUCAACUAAAAUGCAGGGCACCCACCGAUUUGGCAGCAACGAAAACCUCGGCGGUUUAGUCGGGAUCGAAAGACACACGCAUACAGAGUAGUCGAGGUGGAAACUGCACGAGGUGCACGAGCUAGCCGCCAUCCCCCGGAGCUAGCGUAGGGUUUGUUCUUUCUCUGCCGGGAUCUGGGAUGAUUUAAAGAGCGCAGAUGAUCGAUUGCUCGAGGGUCGCUGGAGAAGAAUUCAUCAGGUGCCACCUUUAGGUUCGUAAUUUACAGCAACGCGCAGGUAGAGCUCGCGAAGGGGAUUCAGAUGAUGCUGUUCCUGUGAAGAUCUGGAGUCCGGAGUUUUUUCCGUGAACAGGGGGGAAGAUUCAUUAGGGUUAACUCUGCCUCUCGCUUCGAGAGCGUGAUAAUCUAUGGAAGGAACGGAGACUGAUAAUGUUCCAACUCAGGACAAGGAAUGUGGUUCUUCAGUCGCCGAGAAUGCCACAGCAAACGAGGAGCUCUGCAACGAGUCCCUCCUAUCCGAUCGUUCUGUAGAUUCUGCGAGCAGCUUCGGAGCUGAAGAUGGAAGCUGCCUUCCGCCAUUGCAAUUAGAUGAUUUGCCGGAGGCAGUGAUUUUGAACAAUGUUCUGGGCAGGUUGACGAUUCGCAGUAUUCUUCGUCUGGGUUGCACGUCGAGAAGAUGGAAAUCCAUCGUGGAGAUGCUGGAGAUUCCAACUCUAGCACCGUGGUGCAUCGUCACCCCGAUAGCCACCUGCGACGAGGAUCUGGACCCCAGCCCAGGGUUCCCGCUCGUGUACGACAUCAAUGAGAAGGCGUGGUUCGAGUGGGCGCUCACCUCGACCUUCGUCUCGUCUUCCAAUGGCUACGUCCUGCUGGAGGAAGACAAGGAGUUCGUCAUGAAGAAUCCGUUCAAAAACUCAUACGUCCGUCGUGUGCCCAAGGCCAAUGCUUCGCCCGACGAGUACGAUCGAUGCGGAACACUGUCCACGCUUCUGGUGGAGAAGGACGACGCCAUUCAUGCUCCCAAGUUCAAAAUCAUCGAGCAGAGAAAAGCCUGGGUCAACAACUGGUGCGUGAUGGAAAUCUCGGAGGCGUCGCAAUUCUCCGUCUACGACUCUGCGACCGAUGUCUGGGACACCGAGCGAGAGUUCAAGCCCCGCUUGUGCUUGCGCGCAGGACGCCCUGUCAAGCUGAAGGGAUCUCUGUAUUAUCUGACGAAAGUGCGUGCAUCCAAUUUGGCCGAGCUUCAGAAGGACGAGUUUCUCUAUCGCCUGGUGGCUUGCAGCUUGAGGUCGGCGAGGAACCACAACAUCCUGUCCAGAUUCCCAGGGCGCUUUCAGUUCGUCUUCCUGUUCGAGUACCAGAGCAGGUGGAUGCUCUUCGGUGCAAUCUGGAACUCGCAGUCGAAAGACGGAGAGAGGUCGCUGCGGACGUGCGUGUGGCAGCUGGAGGAGAAGAACAUGGCGUGGGUCGAGGUGCAGAAGCUGCCGAGGAAAGUGUUUUUGGAAUUCUGCAAGAAGACGGACCCAUGGGAGCACGCCACCGACAACGACAGGUUCUCCGACAACACGCGCUGCGCCACGAGUGGAGAUUACCUGUGCGUAUUCGACAAUUCGACCACCUCCAGAAUGCUCAUCUGCAACCUCAAGAGAAAAUCCUGGUCCGUGGUGCAGAUGCACGAAGCGAUUCUGAACAGAUACGGAGGGCUCGAGCUGCACAUGUUUGAUCCCUGGUUACACGUUCCACUGAACGACAUCAUCUGCCACAGAAAGAAUCCUUCGGUCGUGUUUCCCUUUCUGUCUCCAGGGGACCCUGGCCGUGAUGCAUGCAUCCGGCGACCAGUCGGUGAAGACUGGCUGAUUCUGUUUUAGCCAUCGCCAUAGUCUCGCAGUGGUCCUUGAGGCCGGGCCCGACUGGAGGAUUCUGCUUUCCAUGCCUGUAAUAUUGCACCCUGUCUGUCCACGGGCGAAAUUCUACACAAGCUCCAGCAAAUUGUUGAGGUACAGAUUUCAGGACUAGUCGACCGACUUUUCUCAUGAAUGCAGUUGGUGUGAUGGUGGAUGGUAGACAUGAGAAUUCGUCCUUCAUAGCUAUGCCUACUGACCGUGGGACGGAGAGAGAAGGUAUCUCUGCACUGAACCUGCGGUGGGCUACUAGUCCUGUUGUACCAUAUUCGUGACCUCACAGCAGUUGUUCCAGUGGGUGAUUUUUCCCUGUGGAGGGCAUCGGGCGAGUACAUGGCCCUGCAGCAGCGAGUAGUCAAGUUGCUGUACAUUGUACGUGACCGGGAUGCUCAAUGUCGUUGCUGCACACAAUUGAAGAACCCAGCCUUUGUCAGUCAGAGCUGGAAGAAGAUGCACAGAGCGGCUACCGGAGAAGGUGCUUCAUUGGAUCUAAUUGGCAAGCAAGGUGAUGGUGGAUCUCUUCACGCUGAUAGCAGACAGGAUUGUGCUUUUCCACAAGCCUGUUGGAUGGGUCCAGCACCUCAGUUUUGGCUAGAACUUUUUCUGGACCAGGUUUUCAAAAUUAUGUACAGAGUGUUUAUUUUGAUCGAUUUUUUUGGCCUUCUGGCGUACUCAAUAUUAUUCAGGUGACAUACGUACCUGCUCGUGUAACGAAUGCUGCUGGAGAAGGCUUUUAAUGAUUAUCAAAUCGGAUGUUUGGCAGGAUGUGAUAUUGAUAUGCCAUCCGGCCAGCUUGGAUUAUGCCAUCUUAGGAAGUAAGCUUAGAAUCAAUUAAGCCCUUGGGGUAUUUGUGGUCUCUUUUCCAGCUAGAAGGAAUUGAGGUUUUUACCAUUAUGCAGUCUGUACCAAGAUCAGUCUGUACGCAGAUAAUGACAAUCGGUGUGUAUGGUGUGUUCCGGGAAUGGAACUUCAUGUUGGUUCACAAAUAGGCUAUGCCUCUGGAAAAUUUCUAUACUCACAUUAGAGUACACGAACCUGAUCCUCCCACGUAUUUUGUCUGCAAUUGAAGGAAAUUAGGAACACUUAUGGAGAGCUUCUGCUUGUUGAGCUCAACAGUCCUCGGCCUAACAUCGCGCGGCUGCUCAGCAAAACCUCCUCUCCAUGCCAUAGUUUGGUAGAGUGGAUGAGGCCGGAAGCGCUGUACCUCAGACUAGUAUGACUGAUGCAUUCCUAACGCUCAGUCGCUCAGUCAGCUUAAAAGCAGUAGACUCUUUGUCGUCGAUGUCCCUUUGGUGAAACCCGUAAGAGUCAUCGCUGAUCUGUAAGAAUACCGGCUCGGUUGGUGACACUUUCCAAUUAAAUGAAACUUUGGGCUCCAGCCCAACCGAUUGAAGGAGGCCGGACGCAUGUAGAAUAUUCCUCAAUUAAGCAUAAGUUUGUCCCAGUGGCCCCGUGCUGGAAGUGUACAGCGAUAAGCCAAAAUCUCGUGAGAAGUUGGCAGUACGGAAGGCAAAGAGCGGGAACAAGGACCUUUGCCUGUUGAGGGAGUGAAAGUUCUUGGGACAUCUGAACUCUGAGACGACCAAAUGUCGUCUAUUUCGUAGUCGUUGAAGCCAUACUCCGAUCAGGCAGAAGAUAGUAGAGAAGAAAACCGAGGCCCUACAUCCCUCCUGUCCGUGGCUCUUCAGCGAGACGAGAUUUAAAUUUAUAUCAUUGGCUUUUCCUCGUC